GGGUUUGCGCGAUGACAUCAUCCCGGUGCUCCAGCCCAUUCUUCGCGACUCCUCAACCAAUCAUCACACGCAUCAACGCGUGCACACGCACACGAGCGCAGAAGAGCUAGCCUGCUAUGAUGACCCGGUGCAGGCGAUGUUUCAGUCGUGCUCGAGACGUUCAAGCAAUCGGUUCACUUUCUACCGACACAAACACACACAGCGAGCGUGUUUCUUUGUGCGUUUGUCCGUGCUGUUAUUGUUUUGUACACCGUGUUCAACCGUGCAUCACAUUCAACCCGCCCCAAGAAACAAGCCCACAGACAAAAAGCACAAUGGCAGUGAGUCGAUUGUCAAUCGUGAAGUUCUUGGAGUUGGCGCUGGCCAUCACCUGUGUGAUACUGCACUACAAAAGUCUUGGAGAGCGAGAUGACAUCACUAAGCUCUUGUCGGCCGGCACUUUCGUCGGGUACAGUGUGAUUCUUAUUGCACUAUUUGCCGGGUACAUGCUGAGCAAUCCGAUCAACAAGAAGCUGGACUUGUUCUUCAGUCUGAUCGGGUGCGCCAUGUUCAUCGCGUCCGGCGUGCUGAUCCUCAAGGAGUGGGAAAAUGCCUGGAACACCGACACGAAAAAGAUCGGCAUCUCGAAGGGUUCACUGGCCGUCACGAACGGGGUGCUAUUCUUCUUCGAUGCCAUCUUCACGCUACGCGACUAGAGCGUCACUAUGAUUCUCACCUUUUUUCACCCCACCUUCAUUCACAAAAUUUGCUAUGAUAUUCAGUGUGUGUGUAAUCUCAGCGUCUAUCUCCGCCUAGCUUAUCAACCAGUCUGCUCUGCUUUACAUCCAACGUACAGCAGCAUCAUUCAAACAUCCCCGAUCCAAAGAAAUAAGGUCCGUCAACUUCCGCACUAGAGGGCGUUAUGCUAAAGCUCUUUGUUGGUGCUGUAAGCGCCUACACAGGGGGCGCGCCUUGCACGCAAUACGCUUGCAUGCAAACAACUCAAGGAAAGCUCUCUCUCUCUCCCUAGGAAAGUGUAUGACGCGUAUUGGUGUAUUUUGGCAAACUAGCUGUUUUAUUUCUAAUGCCCAUUUUCUACUUUUAAAUUAUAACAUUAUAAAAUUGUUGUAAAAUAUCAUAGCACUACAUCACUUCAAGAUCUGUCCACUUCAUGCACGCCAAUCGACAUCAACGAAUGAGCGAUUUGAACCAUUUAUAUACAACCUAAUAUAUAGGACGUAAUGCGUGUGUGAGUAUGUAAUCUUUUUGAUAUACGUGUAUACAAAUAAAUUAAUGUACAAAAUA